AAACAAUCCAAAUUUAUGGAGAGGACUGCCAUUGCGAUGAUAUGCGAUUUCUUCCAUCCUAAUGUGGGGGGUGUGGAGAGUCACAUCUAUAUGCUUAGCGCGAACCUAAUUACUAGAGGCCAUAAGGUCAUUGUGAUAACCCAUAGCCACCCUCCAGACCGGGUCGGUAUCCGCUGGCUAUCACCUGGCCUAAAAGUAUAUUACAUCCCAUUCCCCACCAUAGCCUCAUCGGCGACGCUCCCCAACUUCUUCACCUUUCUACCUUAUUUCCGGACCAUUAUUCUCAGGGAACAUAUUACUUUGAUUCACGCACACGCCAGUCUAUCAUCACUCGCCCACGAAGGGAUCCUACAUAGCCAUCUGCUUGGCGUCCGAACAGUCUUCACUGAUCACAGUCUCUUCGGCUUCGACGAUGCUGCCAGUAUCCUGACUAACAAACUCGUGGAAGCAGCACUGCGUAAUGUCGAUGCUGUUAUAUGUGUUUCCCAUACCGGGAGAGAGAAUACUGUCCUCCGGGCUCAACUAUUUGAGAGACAUCCAGUCGUUGCGUCUGAUGAACCGCUUAGACCUAGCCAGUACGUGAACAACAACGUAUACGUGAUCCCGAACGCUCUAGUCGCAGAACGCUUUAAGCCGGAUCCCAACUUCAAGCAGACCGACACCAUCACUGUGGUCGUUGUAUCGCGUCUGGCGUACCGUAAAGGUAUCGAUCUGCUCGUUGCCACGGCCCCACGGAUUUGCGCGGCUUUCCCCAAUGUACGGUUCUUGGUAGGCGGAGAUGGCCCGAAGAUGGUCGAACUCCUCCAGAUGCGAGAAAAACAUCUCCUCCAAGACCGGAUCGAGCUCCUUGGGCCAGUGAAACCAAAUGACGUUCGAAGUGUGCUCGUUCAGGGAUCUAUAUUCCUUAAUACUUCCCUCACGGAGGCCUUCGGGAUAGCUAUGGUCGAGGCAGCGUGUGCAGGACUGUACGUGGUCUCCACUCGCGUCGGUGGUGUACCCGAGAUUCUACCCGAGGAUAUGAUCUCUUUCGCCAAUCCUGAAGAAGAUGAUGUCUUCCGUGCCAUGUCCGAAGCCAUUCGAAUAGUCUCCGAGGGGAAGCACGACCCUUCGCAAGCACAUGAGCGCGUCAAGAGCUUCUACGAUUGGGGCGGAGUAUGUGAACGGACUAUGCGAGUGUACGAUGCCGUCCUUAAGUCUCAGCCGCGGGACUUCUGGACCAGGAUGCAGCGUACGCUGGAUCUUGGAAGAUUUGCUGGUCCGAUAUUUUUAACCAUCCUAGUCGUCGACUGUCUUUUCUUCCUGUUCUUGGAGUGGCUCAUGCCGAGGGAGGACGUGGACUUCGUGCGUAUUGACUGGGACCAGGAGCGGUUUAUCGAAGUCGCCCACGAAACUCAGGAAGCUCGACGAGGCAGACGGAGGCUUGGUUAGUGAGCGAACAGGAUGUCAACGCGGGGCGAUCGGGGCCGAGAAAUAAAUACCCUGUCGGUUUAAAGGAUACCCGAACAUAGUAGCACGUGUACCUAGAGCGAUAGUCCUCGUUUCCACCACUUGAUAUACUGCUUCGUUUCCUG